GGGGAACGUGAGGUUAGCCACUAUGUAUGUUGUAAGUUCCAGACAGUUUGUCCGCUAGUUCUGUUGCAGGCGUACGGCUGCUGUAAGAGUCGGUGUAUCAGUUUAUUAUUUCUAAUUGUUCUUCGUCUGUCGAAAAGUUGAAAAGAAGUUAGUCAACAAUGACUGGCAUCGAAAUUUUUUGCGCCAUCAUCGUGGUGCUUUUCCUACUUUACUACUAUUCGACCUCAACUUACAACUUUUGGAAGAAACGCGGUGUUCCUGGUCCGGAACCGAUACCACUUUUUGGUAACAUUAUCCGAGUAAUGUUCUCGCAGCAGUCGGUAGGUGAAUAUUUGCACGAGAUGUACCAAAAGUAUAAAUCGGAACCAUUGGUCGGCGUAUUCUUAAGAAGACAACCGUUGUUGAUUAUAAAUGAUCCUGAAUUAAUCAAGACAGUAAUUAUCAGAGACUUCGCGAAAUUUGCAAAUCGUGGAAUAACAGUCAAUGAGGAGGCGGAACCACUUUCGCAACACUUAUUUGCUCUGGAGCCAGAAAGAUGGCGACCGUUGAGAACAAGGCUCUCGCCAGUAUUUACAUCUGGCAAACUGAAAGAAAUGUUCUCCAUGAUCAUCGAUUGCGCUAACACACUUGAGAAUCAUUUGGAGACAGUGGCAGAAAAAGGUGACCCCGUUGAUUGCAGAGAGUUGGCAGCCAGAUUCACUACGGACGUUAUUGGGAGCUGCGCCUUUGGAAUCAACAUGAAUUGUAUGUCGGACAAGGAAUCGGAAUUUCGUAAAGUGGGAAAAGCGUUCUUCUCAACCUCGGUUACGCAGAUACUAAGAAUUAGAAUACGAGACAUUGCACCGAAGUUAUAUACCUUGAUUUCUCGGAUAAUACCGCGUCCCUAUGGAACUGACUUCUUUAUCGACAAUGUUCUAAACAUGAUAGAGUACAGAAAGAAGAAUAAUAUCGUCAGAAACGAUUUCAUCAAGACAUUGAUGGACAUCCGGGAGCAUCCUGAGAAGCUGGGUGACAUCGAUUUAACGGAUAGUCUACUCGUAGCGCAAGCAUUCGUCUUUUUUGCUGCUGGUUUUGAAACUUCGUCAACAACAAUCAGUAAUGCACUUUUCGAACUGGCCUUGAAUCAGGACAUACAAGACAAAUUGAGGAAAGAGGUCAACGAACAUUACGAGAUUAAUAAUGGAGAAUGGCACUAUGAAAAUAUAAAAGCUAUGCCAAUUUUGGACGCUGUAUUUAAAGAAACACUGAGAAAAUACCCAGCGUUACCAAUUCUUAAUAGGAAAUCAGUCGACGACUACACUUUUGAAGACUUGAAAUUUUCGAUCCCGAAAAAUAUAGCUCUGUUUAUACCUGUGUAUGGAAUACACCACGAUCCAGAUAUUUACCCUAAUCCAGAAGUUUUCGAUAUUACUCGAUUUAUGGGUGACGCGGAGUCGAAGAGACAUCCAAUGCAUUAUUUACCAUUUGGCGAUGGUCCAAGGAAUUGUAUCGGUGCACGAUUCGCAAUCUUUCAAACGAAAAUUGGGCUUGUAAAGAUAAUUCGGAAAUACAAAGUUGAUAUCUGCGAGAGAACUGUCAUACCAUAUGUAAUUAAUCCACGCGCCUUUUUGUUAGCUCCAAACCAUCCGAUCACUUUGAAAGUAACGAAAAUUGAAAAUUAAGAGAACGAUUCGUUAUUUAACACAUUCCAGGUAUUUCAGGUAUUUUUAAAACACAAGUAACGAUUGCUAUACACUGGGGAUACUAAUACAUCAAAGUUGAUUUACCGUAA